GUUUCCCCUUACAAGACCCGAUCUUUGCAAGAAAUGGGAAGCUGCUGUUAAAAGGAAAAACUUCAAGCCAACCAAGUAUAGCAGCAUUUGUUCAGAACACUUUACUCCCGAUUGCUUUAAAAGGGAAUGCAACAACAAGCUUCUGAAAGAAAAUGCCGUUCCCACAAUAUUUUGUUAUACUGAACCCAGUGAAAAGACUGAAGAAUUUGCAGAACAGCCGGAAGAUCCACUACCACCUCCUCCACCACCGCCACCACCACCUCCACCACCACCACCACCAGCAGCUCCAGUACUGCUGCCGUCUCCAGCAGCUCCUUCUUUUCAUUUGUCUCAAAUAGAUGCCAGAUUUGUAGAUCCAAGUAUUGGAUUAUUGAUGCCUCCUCUCCAGACCCCUAGCAAUCUGGCUGUUUUUUGUGAUCACAACUAUACUGUAGAGGAUACAGUUCAUCAACGGAAAAGAAUUCAGCAGCUAGAGGAACAAGUGGAAAAACUGAGGAAGAAGCUCAAGACAGCACAACAGCGAUGCCGGCGUCAGGAAAGACAAAUUGAAAAACUGAGAGAGAUCGUUCAGUUUCAGAAAGAAAAAGACAUAUUAGCAGGAAAAGGCUAUGUGAUUCUGCCGAAUGACUAUUUUGAAGUUGUAGAAGUACCUGCGUAG